CAAUUCUCGCUGCCCAAGAAGAUGGGGCACCUCUGGAGCCACCAACUGAGGAUCCCCCGGAACCGUUACCCAUUACUGAACAGGAGGUUGGAGAGUACAGGGAGCAGGAUCGGUUCCUACCUGUACGUUGCCACUGAGCCAUGUCUCUGCCUGCGCGAUACCUUAUUAUCCCAUGCAGAUAGCAAAUGUGUCCCGAAUUAUGAAGUCUUCCGUCCCGCCCACCGCAAAAAUAGCCAAGGACGCGAAAGAAUGCGUCCAGGAAUGUGUCUCAGAGUUUAUUUCCUUCAUCACGUCCGAGGCGGCGGAGAAAUGUCAAAUGGAGAAGAGGAAGACGAUUGGAGGGGAGGAUAUCUUGUAUGCGAUGUCCACGCUGGGCUUCGACAACUAUGCCGAGACGCUGAAAAUUCAUCUCGCGAAGCUACGGCAGCAUCAGAGCGGGACUAGUGGGAAAGAUAAUCAUCUGGAGUCCAGGAUAGACGAAGAGUAAGGUUUAGGCGGUCCGAAGUACGCUCCUAACUAUUAUGUACCCCCCUGAUGAUCUGUCACUGAUGGAUUAUUUUUGAAGGUAGAAACAUACAUUACUGUAUCAGUAUAUCGUUUUUUUUUAUCUACGCUAUUAUAUGACUGUUCGCUUUGUAC